UGUCCCCAGUUCAGCCCCAGGGCUCUCUCAGCUCUCCCAAGCCCUGUCCUGUCCCCAAUAAAGUCCCGGCUCCGGCCAGCACAAGCCAUGACCGCCCGUGCCCGUUCCGGACUCUGCCUCGCUCUGUGCUCCUUGGGGCUGGCGCUGCUGGGGGAUGUGUCCCGGGCUGUCCCCAUGGACGAUCAGGAUUAUUACCUGCAGGAGAUCACCAACAGGGAUCAUUAUUACUCCUUUCCGUAUCCCGGGGAAGAGUUCUUUCCCUUCACGGAGCAGCCCGGGGAGGAAGGACCGAUCCGUGCUGCAGAGACAGAGGAGCGCCCGGGGGUCAAACCCGGCAGGAAGGAGUUAAAACAGAAGAAGAACAACAAAAAAGGAAAAACCAUUCUUGAAACGCCACCAGAUUGCCCUCCACUUGGUCUAGAGACAUUAAAAAUCACUGACUUCCAGCUGCACGCCUCCACGGCGAAGCGCUACGGCCUCGGGGCGCACCGAGGAAGGCUCAACAUUCAGGCAGGCGUUAACGAAAAUGAUUUUUAUGAUGGUGCUUGGUGUGCAGGAAGAAAUGACCCCUACCAGUGGAUUGAAGUAGAUGCUCGAAGGCUGACAAAAUUCACUGGAGUCAUCACACAGGGAAGGAACUCCCUCUGGUCGAGUAACUGGGUGACCUCUUACAGAGUGUUGGUGAGCAAUGACAGCCACGCCUGGACUGUGGUCAGAAACGAAUCUGGAGAUGUGAUUUUUGAAGGGAACAGCGAGAAGGAGACGCCAGUGCUGAACAUGCUGCCCGUGCCGCUGGUGGCGCGGUACAUCCGCAUCAACCCCCGCUCCUGGUUCCAGGAGGGCAGCAUCUGCAUGAGGCUCGAGAUCCUGGGCUGCCCCUUGCCAGACCCAAACAAUUAUUACCACAGAAGAAAUGAAAUGACAACCACAGAUAAUCUGGACUUCAAGCAUCACAACUACAAGGAGAUGAGGCAGUUGAUGAAAACUGUGAAUAAAAUGUGCCCAAAUAUCACAAGAAUUUACAAUAUUGGAAAAAGCAACCAAGGACUGAAGCUGUAUGCUGUCGAGAUUUCUGACAACCCAGGAGAACACGAAGUUGGGGAGCCAGAAUUCCACUACAUUGCAGGAGCUCAUGGGAAUGAAGUGCUUGGAAGAGAGCUAAUCCUUCUGCUGAUGCAGUUCAUGUGCCAGGAAUACCUGGCUGGGAACCCACGCAUUGUGCACCUGAUCCAGGACACCAGAAUCCACCUGCUGCCCUCAGUGAACCCUGACGGAUAUGACAAGGCCUACAAAGCGGGUUCAGAACUGGGGGGCUGGUCUUUAGGACGGUGGACUCAGGAUGGCAUUGACAUCAACAAUAACUUCCCUGACUUAAACUCUCUGCUCUGGGAGUCAGAAGAUCAGAAGAAGAGUAAAAGAAAAGUCCCAAACCAUCACAUCCCAAUCCCUGACUGGUACCUGUCCGAGAAUGCCACGGUGGCGGUGGAAACACGGGCGAUCAUCGCCUGGAUGGAGAAAAUCCCUUUUGUGCUGGGUGGCAACUUGCAGGGGGGAGAGCUGGUGGUGGCCUAUCCCUAUGACAUGGUGAGAUCCAUGUGGAAAACCCAGGACUACACCCCGACCCCGGACGACCACGUGUUCCGCUGGCUGGCCUAUUCCUACGCCUCCACGCACCGGCUGAUGACGGACGCCAGGAGGAGAGCCUGCCACACCGAGGACUUCCAGAAGGAGGAUGGCACUGUCAACGGGGCCUCCUGGCACACCGUGGCUGGGAGCAUCAAUGACUUCAGCUACCUGCACACAAACUGCUUUGAGCUCUCCAUCUAUGUUGGCUGUGACAAAUAUCCCCACGAGAGCGAGCUGCCGGAGGAGUGGGAGAACAACCGCGAGUCGCUGAUCGUUUUUAUGGAGCAGGUCCAUCGUGGCAUCAAAGGUAUUGUGAAAGAUGUGCAUGGAAAGGGAAUCCCAAAUGCUGUUAUUUCAGUGGAAGGUGUAAACCAUGACAUUCGCACAGGAGCUGAUGGCGACUACUGGCGCCUCCUCAACCCGGGCGAGUACGUGGUGGGCGUCAAGGCCGAGGGCUACACCGCCGCCACCAAGACCUGCGAGGUGGGCUACGACAUGGGGGCCACCCAGUGCGACUUCACCAUCUCCAAGACCAACCUGGCCAGGAUCAAGGAGAUCAUGAGGAAGUUUGGGAAGCAGCCGCUGAGCGUGGCGGCGCGCCGGCUGCGGCAGCGAGCGCGGCACUGGCAGCGGCGGCGAUAGAGCUCGGCUCUGCUUCUCCCAGCCUGGCUGUAGUCGUAGUGAGAGUUACAUAGCCCAUCUCUUCAUGCCUUUUUCUCUGCACGAGGCCUUUCUGUUAGUGGAGCUGGGUGGAUGCUGCUGGUGGGGGGGUGUUUCUCAUUUUUGGUGGGGAAAAAAUCGGAAAUGAAGUUCGAGUGGAAGCAAAAGGAGCCCCCGGUUGAGGGGAGAGACACGGAGAGUGGAGGAAGUGUUU